UGACAUAUGUGAUCAUAAUUUUUAUUUCAGAAAUGGCGCCGAAAAAAGCAGCUGCCGCAAAACCUGAAGCAGCUAAGGCUGUUAAGGGCUCUAAGCCUGCACCCAAGAAGGUUGCCGAGAAGAAAGCUGGAGAUGAGGGAACCGAGAAGGCCCCCGUUAAGGCUGUGAUCAAGGCCCGCAGGAUGCAAAAGAAGGUCGUGAAGGGUCUCCACGGAACCAGGGUUAAGAAGGUCCGCACCAGCGUCAAGUUCUAUAGACCCAAGACCUUCCGUUGCCCAAGGGCACCCAAGUACCCCAGGAAGUCCACCCCAAGAAGGAACCGAAUGGAUGCUUAUAACAUCAUCAAGCACCCCCUUACCACCGAGUCCGCCAUGAAGAAGAUCGAGGAUAACAACACCCUUGUCUUCAUCUGCGAUAUCAAGGCCAACAAGCACCAGGUCAAGGCUGCCGUGAAGAAGUUGUACGACAUCAACGUGUCCAAGGUCAACACCCUUGUGAGACCCGACGGUCAGAAGAAGGCUUAUGUCCGUCUUGCUCCGGAUUAUGAUGCCCUCGACGUCGCCAACAAGAUUGGAAUCAUCUAAAUGUAUCCUCUUGUAUUCAAUAAACGUUAAGCUGCUAAACUUGGUUACGCUCUGCGUCAAUUAUUUAAAAUUUCAGAA